UCUCCCCUCUCUCCCACAUGAGGAAGUUGGCAUCAAGUGCUCCCCUUUACAUAUAUACAGACAGCAUGCUAUGGAUAUGAGCAGAGAGGCGAGUAGAUUUUGCCAGUUUCUCUGCUGCGCCAGACCCAAAUCAUUCUGUUGUGGAAAAAUUGUCUGGAAAUACACAAUAUCAGGUAGCAUUGGCAUCAUGGGUCUGUUUUCUCAGUUUGUCAGUUUUCCUGCGAAGAGGAUAGAAGAGCAGCAGCAAUUUUGAGACUGGUACGAUGGGAUGCCUCCAGUGGUAUAAAGCAGCUGUUUGCUUUGAUUUCCCCUUUUUGAAAACUGGUGAUUCUUGUGGAUCAAAGAUAUCAGUUUUAUUCCUGUCCUUUUCCCACAAAGGUGGGAAACUUGGUACAUUCUCAGCUAGAAAAGCAAGCUCUUGAUGAACAAAGCAUGCUGGAGUUCAUUCAUCUUGGUCUUUAAUACCUAGCAGACAAAGGGAAAGUCUUGGAGGUCAAUAUCAAAAGGGUGAAAAGAGUACAGUAGCCUUAGUGCAGUACUGCACGGUAUGCAUGGUUGGUAUGGAUGUGAGGAUGGCUGUUCAUCUGGGAGAGCAGUAGCCCGUUUCCCUAAAGAUAGAGAAGAGGCUUUUGUGAAACUAUGAUUUAAAAGUGUGAUGAGUUUCUUUUCUCCAAGCUUGGAUAGGUCAAGGAAUACAUGGAUUGUCUCUGAUUUACUCGAUUACUGGAAAAGGGAAGGAAUUCAUUAGCUAAAUCUGAAAGGUUGUGCAAUGCUACUUAAUGGUUAUCCCCUCAGCUCUUGUGCUUUUAACCUUCAGGAUCUGGGCAGUCAAGUCCUUGAGGAAGGACAUGCCAUCAGCUUGGUAUCCAGAGCUCUUCUAAUCACAGGUGGUUCUUUGUAAAUCAAAAGCAAUCAGCUGCCUGCGAUUGUCACACAUCUCUGACCUUCCCUGGACUCAGGAUCAGCUGCAGUCUGCAACCUUUUAGUGACCCAGACAGUCUGGGACUCCAGGCCAGAUGACCUGCAUACCUAAGGUACCUGUUACUGAGAUCAUCCUGUCCCAGAGGAUGGACCAUUGCCCAAAUGACGGACUGGUACUGAGAAACCAUCUUGUUCUGCACUAGAGGAUGAUAGGAGCGUAAGAAGUAUUUUUUUCACCACUGUAACAGAUUGCCAAGAGAGGUCAUAGACUCUCCAUCUUUGAAGAUAUUGAUAACUCAGUUGGACGUAAUCGCGAGCAACCUUUAUCUGGCUUGAUUUGAGCUAGGGGGCCUGGGCUAGCCCAUCUAUAGUACUGUCUCAGACAAGCUGACUGCCUCUGAUGGUUUCAGUGACAGGUGAGUGCUCUAGCAAACAACCUGAGGACAACUGACACCCGUCCAUGCUGAUGGCCAGUACUUCCCUUGGAUGCAGUACCUAGUGCUGUUAUCUGCAGCUUAUCUGGCACUAUUACCAUUAAUACAGUAAUCAGUGAAAACAGUAGAGCAUGGAGGGGAAAACAAGCUAUUCUGUGCCAUGUAGGUGGAGAGAGGGUUACCCAAGAGCGAGCUCUCAUUUAAAGGCACCAAACCUACAGUACUCUAAACUGGGACCCUAAUUUUGCUACUGACCAGUCCUGCUUGAGGCAUGCUGAGUUUUUCUUCAUAGUUCUUCAGGUCUGACUGGAAGGACAGCCAGAGUUGAAAAGGCUAUAGGAUGGAGGUCUUGGGCUUGAAGCUCAUUAUGUCCAGCAUAGUAUGUGAAGCCUCAAAAGCCAUUACAAUAUAUGAUACAUCAAGUGGCUGCUCACAAGAACCACAUUUCAAGUCUUGCAUGCUGCUUCAAAGUAAACUGGGACAGGUAAUAGUUGUGACAGAAGGAGUUUCAAAAAGGCGAGUUGCAGCUUGGCUUCCAGGAGGCAAGUUAGCUGCUAAGAACUAAUAUGAAAUCAAAUCUAAGCUAGCUGUUUUCUAGGAACAUAGAGCCAUAAGAAAGUCUUGUUUGGGGCAUUUUGUCUCCUGCAGAGAAGACAUAAAAUAGAAUGGUUCAGCUGGAAGGGACCUUCAAAGAUCUUCUAGUCCAUCUGCCUGACAACUUCAGGGUUAACCAAAGGUUAAAGCAUGUUACUGAGGGCGUCAUCCAAAUGCCUCUUGAACACUGACAGGCAUGGUGCAUCAGGCUGCAUCAGUGCUCCCAGUAAGUCUUUCCACGACUUCUGCUGUGUGAAAUGAUGCAGUUCAUUUAGUUUGUGUGGUACCUGUAAGGUAAUAGCGGCUUUAUUUUUAUCUUAAUAUACCUCAUUUCUUUGUAGACCUGAUCCAGCCAUAUAAAGACCUCACAUUUCUUUGGAGAUGCUCUGCAUCUUGACUAUGAGCAGAGGAUUUGUGCAGUGACUAGACAGUGUGGAUUCUUAGCCUGAUUGCUAGGUAACCCUGGGAACAAAAUGUGGGCUGGCCUGUUUCACUGUACCAAGCAGCAGCUCUGGCUGAGCAGCUGCAGAGGACAGGAGAGGAAUAUAGCACGUCUCCAGCUGAAGUUAAGAAGUACAAAGAAAUUUUGAAAGCUAAAUGCAAGAUGCCUAUUUUCAGGAGGAGAGGAACCUGAAGCUACAACUGAGCUGUCAAGGCGAGCUGAUGGAAAAUGAGUUGACAUCUCCUAGGGUAGAAUUUUAGUGGAGCAGGCCCAUUUGUUUUUACCAGGUACUUACAAAAUAACAUAGUAACUUAGGUUGGAAGAGACAUCCUAAGACCAUUGUGCGCAGCCUCAGCUUGAUCAUUCUGGGAAGAAAUUGCUACAUGCUUCUCUGGCUUACAUCUCAAGAUUAAUUAAGCCAUUUAUAUUCUACAAGGAUGAGUUUUGCAAGAAUGAAAAUUUGUGACCAUAAGGUUUAAAAAAAAAAAAUUAAGCAAAAGGAUUUAAACAUAUUUUCAGUAACCUCUGGAUUGAAUUGGUAAGGAUGGAAUGCUGGAGUUCCUGUGGAUGUGCAUGUGUUUCUGGGUGGAGCAAGAAGUUUGUUUAACCAAGUACUUUUCUUCAUAAACUGUCUUUGGGUUUUAUUGCUCUUGAAGAAGAAAAUUGUGGUGCUGGGUGGGAAGUAGAAGGGAAGGUCAAGAGAGGAAUAUUAGUACUUGAGACAGCCAACUGUGUAUUUAGUCACUAAAGCCUUAUGUAAGGUGGGUAACUGCAGCAGUGUUCUUUCUACACGGAGACAAGAAGUCAAAAACAAGCAGUUUUGAUCCAAGCAAAGGAAGAAAUCGGAGAAACAGGAGAUACCGUGCAGUAGUAAAGCUUUUACCACUGUCCUAAAGUACACUGUCUGGACAUUUGUUCCUCAAAUUGCGUUGAAGUUCCUGUGAGUGGACAUUUCUGGGGAAAGAGGGAACGGGACACUAGAUAGAGUUAGGCGGAAAUUUACUCCUGCUGUUUUUUAGCCCCUGUUACUCAGGUUUUUGUAAGUUCAUAAGCGUUCCCACCAAAAUGACUGAAAUCUUGAUAGGUCAUUGGAAAGCCAAAUACUUCAAACUUUUUAGAAAAAAUCCAAGCGCAUCACAGGGUGGAAACAAGGAUUUUGGACUCUGAUCAUUUUCCUCUUCAGUCUGGGUAUUUAGAUCUAAGGGCAGAAUCCUUCAGCAGGGAAUAUACACUUUUCUCCCUUCCAACUGGCUCUGAAGAACCAUGUUUGUGCUGGAAGAAGGGAAUUCCAAGGAGAUUGGUGGCCCUUUUCACAGAGUAAGCAUUUUCCACAGGCGGGGUUAUGCCAACCAUUAAAUGACUAAUGUAUAAUUAGGAGGCUGGAUACUUAUAGUUGUCAUGUACCUGGUGCCAGGGGAGUCCAGGACGACUGUGAAGGAGUGAGCAUCGAGGGAGGUCAGCCUUGGUUGACCAAGCCAUUUAUGUCUAUACUUGUUUUUGUGUUCAGCUUUUGUGCUGGCAGUCUCAGGAGGCAAGUGACUUAGCAGUGCAGGCAGUGCGGUGGCUCUCCCUUAUGGCUUUUACAGUGAGCAUAUGGUAGAAGGUGCUGCCAGCCAGGAGAAGGCCUGCUCUAAGGACGCAAGUUGGACAGAAAGGGAGUACUAGGAAAGGGAAAUUUAACGCACUUCCUGUUCUGCUGUGGUGAAGAACAAGUCUUCUUGCCUGGGCCGGUUUAUCUGCUCUGUCCAUCUUUGCCUGGGGAAUUCUUUGAUGCUGAGCUGAUCAGAAGGUUAGAGUCUCCUUAUCGACUCCAUGCUUACCUCUGUUUGUUUUUAUUCCGAAGUUUGCUCUCUCAUUUUGCAAUAACCCACAGGGUGCUGGGUGUUGCGCCAGCCGUGCCUCAAUGAAGGAUCUUCAUUCAACACCUUUCCCUUCUCGUCACACCAGUCAAUGUGACUCCUGCGUUUUCCAGCAGCAUUCUCUACGCAGUCCAGAUUUUAGUCAAGCCCUGGCUGGAGGUCAGAAGGGCUACCAGACCUACCGGGAUCUACCAUGGGAUCUUCAAAAAAUACAUCAGCCAGCCAUCAAAAUAAGACAUCUCAAGCCAUGGAAAAUUGCUCUAAUUGUUAUUGGAACAGCAUUGGCAGCAGCCAUCACCAUUGGUCUCCUAGUUUAUUUUCUGGCAUAUGAUCAGAAGCUCUUCUAUUACAGUGGCAACAUAAAAAUCACCAGCAUCCAGUACAGUAAUGAAUUGUCCAGACAGACCUCAGGAAGGUUUAGAGACCUGAGCGAGAGGGUUGAGAGACUGAUGGACAAGACAUUUCACAAUUCCAUUUUAAGAAAGAAGUACAUCCGCUCACGCUUAGUCAGAGUGAGCCCAGAUGCUGAUGGUGUGGUGGCAGAAGCAUUGCUCACAUUCUGGUUCUCUGCCACGGACUGCAAAGAGGCGCUGCGCAGAAGAGUUGAAAGGAUCUUACGAAGGGGCCUGAAAAAAUACACUGGGCCCCUGCGAGUAGAUGUCAGAUCUUCUACUGUCUCAAAUGUGGAGAAGAGAAGAGCAGAAGCAAUCUUCAAUGACAUCUGCGGGUUACGGCAGAAUAGAUCAGUCAAGUCGAUAGCAAAAGCAACGUCCUUGCGAAUAGUUGGUGGAUUGUCUUCUGCAGAGACUGGAGACUGGCCAUGGCAAGCUAGUUUGCAGUACAAUAAUGUCCAUCGCUGUGGUGCAACACUCAUCAGCAAUACAUGGCUUGUAUCUGCCGCUCACUGCUUCAGAGAAAUGAGUCACCCUCACAAGUGGACUGCUACUUUUGGAGCUCUUUUGAAACCACCAACCUUGAAACGAUCAGUCAAGACUAUUAUUAUUCAUGAACAGUACCGCUACCCAGAGCAUGAUUAUGACAUUGCACUUGUGAAGCUCUCUAAACAAGUUGAGUUUACGAGUAACAUACACCGUGUUUGUCUGCCUGAGCCAUCUCAGACUUUUCCAUAUAAUAUUUAUGCUGUCAUCACAGGCUGGGGAGCACUUACCAAUGACGGUCCGACUCCUAAUGCUCUUCAGGAAGCAACAGUGAAACUUAUAGACUCAGACACUUGCAACAGAAAAGAAGUGUAUGAUGGGGACAUAACACCCAGGAUGUUGUGUGCUGGAUACUUGGAAGGAGGAGUAGAUGCUUGUCAGGGAGACUCAGGGGGACCACUGGUUACUCCAGAUUCUAGACUGAUGUGGUACCUCGUGGGAAUAGUGAGCUGGGGAGAUGAAUGUGCCAAACCAAAUAAACCUGGAGUUUACACACGAGUGACUUAUUUCCGUGACUGGAUUACCUCAAAAACUGGCAUCUAAUUCCAAAAUCAAAGAUGGAUAAAAUUACAUAGGUUACAUGUAACUCAUAAUUGUCUGUAAUUGUGAAAGGUUAUUUUUUUAGCGUAUGUAUUCCUAUUAGUUUUGGUCAAAGCAAGUUUUGCCUGCAGCAAGCACUAUCUUUGCUGUCAGAGAUCCUAAGUCCUUGUGAAUUUAUACUAAACACAUGAGAUUGCCUUCCUCAUCUUUGAGCUUUGAAGAGUUCUCAUUUUUAUCAGAAAUUAUAAAUGGGUGUUAUUAAACUAACAUUUAAAAGCUAGCAAUUUACCUCCUGUAUAAACAUAAACAUUUUUCAGGAAAGAAGAAAUUUUUUUUCAGCUAUGGCUGAGGUCUGAAGAUGUCCACACUCUAAGCAUAGAGGAAGCUGAACCUUCUUCCUCCAGUGAAGCAAAUAUGUCACAGCUGUGUUUCUAGGAAAGUGAACCCUUGAUUUUUAUUCUUGUUAGAGAUCAUCAUCUGCACAGACUGCAUCUGAGACCCUGGAUACUCACCCUGCUCAGUGGUCUUGAUAGCUAACAGUGGAUCCGCCAGGACUGGGGGUAUGUCCUAACUAAGGAAGAGGAGGAUUUCUGUGCUUGCACUUAGUUCGAAGGGAAAAGACAGAAGUUUGAUGUUCUUGUUAUAAAGCACAUCUUUUUAACACAAAAUUUUUGGUAGAUUUUAUGAAGUUCAAGUUACUCAAGAACGCUGUUGUAAAAGUGCUGUAUCACAACACUGUGCUGCUAUGUCUGGAGCAACGCCCUUCUCCACAGACUCUGUUCAAUUCACAACAUGCUAAUGACACAGAAACACUAGCUUUACCAAAAUUUAUUUGUAAUGUGUGACCCCACGAACAAGCUCACUGGAAUGCAACCCAGCAUUUAAAUUAAUGCUAAAGGAAAAAGUAAGGACUCACCACAAAUCAUCUGGGAACUUCCUUUUUACUUCAAGUCAAGAAAUAGUGUGCUUUUCCAAGGGCAUGCCAGCCAGUAGAAGUCAUCUUACUGCAAAGAAAAUAGUGAUAAACCAUCUUGCUUCACUGAUGGAUUAAUUUCUGCCAUGAAUAAAUAUGAUCCUGUCUUAUGAGUCUGAAGGGCAACUUCAUAUUAAAGAACAGUCCAGAUGAAAACUUCAGAGUAAACACUAUCCUUAUACGCAGAUUAAGCACUUCUCCUACCUCUGUGCAUGACAUCUAGUAGAUUGCUGGUGGAAUGGAGUCCAGUGACAUGACUAUUGCUGUUCCCUACAGCCCAGGCCUUCAAUAUAUGGAACCAAAAUGUCAAUCCAGUACUGUCUCCUUCUGCUGUCUUUGAAUGGCCACAGGACUGCUUUUAGGCUGUGAAUACAGGACUCACGAGAGUCUGUACAAGACAUGAAAGAAGCUGCAAACCCCACAACUAAACUUAAAACAACUGAAAAUCUCUCCAGAGCAUCUCACCUCCUCUUCUGCUCAGGAUUGGGUCACUCCUCAGCCUUUCUACUGUGCAAGCUCUGUAAUAAUCAGAAUUCAUGGGGAUAGGAUGCUUAGCAUUUCCUGAAAACUCAAACCUUGAAUGAAAAUGUACACAUGGAUGGGAAAACCUAUGUUGAAGCCUUAAAGGGGUGGGAGAGAGAUUGCCUUAUUUUUCAGCUCCUUCCAGUCUUUUUUCCUUAUCUUUUGAAUUUUAUUUAAAAAAAAAAACAAACAUCAAAAAUGAAGAUGCCUUGUCUCAGAAAGAAUUGAAGGUUUUAGUUUAGCUUUGCUUUUGAAAUAAUAGUAUCUUUCUUCCAAUUUUCCAUGUUCAUUUAAAAAUGAAAAGGAUCUUGGGACAGUUAGGAGGAUAGUCAGAUGCAGCAAAUGUGUUUCCUUAAUUUAUUGAUGAAGUUUGUAAUUUAUGCACUUUUGAGUUGCUGCUAUUUUUAAACUAAGAAUUUACUCUGGGCUAAAUAGAAACUGUAGAGUUUGGGAUUAGGUCACUUGGGAACACUGUUUUCUUGUAGUGUUCAGGUGCCACUUCUGUAAGAGAAUGGGAAAAAAGAAAUUACACCUAGUUUUUUGUGCCUCUUAUUGUUUUGAAGCUGAAUGCCCUUCCUUAUAAUCAACAGAUGAAUUGCAAUUGAAAGUAAAUUGCAGUUCACUUUCACAGAGAGGUAAGGCUUUGUUUUCCACUUAAAUCUAUCUUUUUGCCUACCAGAUGGAAGGGCAACAAUAACGGGGCAAGGCCCAGGUUAUCUAUAAUCCAUAUAAACUGGUUCCUACCUCACACUGAAAGUAACAUGUAUUUAAUACCUUUAAAAUGAGAAAGGCAGCCUUUAUUUCAGAUUUUAUUGUGAGAGGCCAAACAGCCAAGAGGCGUGUGGGAGAAUGUCUACCUUACUCAGGGAGUCCUGAGCCAGCCAGAUGCACUUUUCUUCACAAACUUUUAACAAACUGUCUGGCCUGGGUUUGUCUUAUACUCCAUGUCAGUGUUUUAUUUAUGAAAACUCUGUUUUCUGCAGUAGAAUUAAAAAAAAAAAAAAAAGACUAUUGUGUGAUUAAGGAAAAAGAUUUUUAAAAACCUUUUAUUAUUGUUAAGAUAUAGUAAGGAUUUGAAUGAUAUAAAGGUAACAUAUUUCAUAACAUUAAAUAUAUUUAAAAACAA